GCGCUUAUCCUUAUUAGUCUUUUCCUCUGAUCUUCGUUAUUGCUCUUCCUCCUCCAUCUCAACUCGGGCUCGUUUUUGCCCUGUGCUGCUGCUGUCGUGCUCUCUUGGUGACGCUCUUUCUUUUCGUGGUCUCCCCAAACUUCCCGCGAACCCUGGUUCUCAGUUAACUACCAGAUUGCUGCAACGGCAACAAUGUCUACUUCGACUCCUUCAUCUUCUCAUGAAGCUUUGCAAUCGCGACAAUCGACGGUUGAUUCAGUAACAGAUGCGAUAACCAGCGCAUACGGAGACGUGGGAUUGGCGUACACUGAGGAACCCGCGGAGGAUUACGGACAGCCGACUCAACACAACGAUGCUCGUCGAGGGAGUUCACAUAGUCAUCACAUCCAAGAUCAGGGUCAGAGUUCGCCUGUCGAUGAUGCUCCCCCUCCUCCACCGUAUCAACUCACAGCUGCCAUUGAGGACAUCAGCGCAUUGCGUAUAGAUGAUUCUCCAAGACAAAAUUCAUCUACUCAAUCCCCCGUGUCACCUUCUCAACCACGGAUGCGCCCUUCGGACGUGACAUCGGUCCAUUCAAGCAGGAGUACCCAUAGCAGCUAUGCCAGUGCACAUGAUUCGUGGGGCUAUGAUCAAUCUGUUGCUGAAACGGAUCGUACCAGUGCAUAUUCUCAGGACGAGCGGUUCGGACAUUAUCCUCCAAAUAUUCCCAAUGGUCCCAACGGUGGUCCAUAUCCUCCCGGACCACACGCUGGGCCGCAGCCUGGAUACGGUCCGCCAGUCGGUUACCAAAACCAGCGUCCGUACGGUUAUCCCCCUACCUCAGUCCAGCCUCUGCCCCCAGUACGGGAGUAUAACCCUUUAUACCUUGCAGCAUCUGAUGUGCUCGGAAUGGGACCACCGCCGGGGGCUGCUAUUCCCAACGGCGUGCAACGUGCACCGUCACAUUCUCUACAAUAUUCACCAAUGGCUUCGCAUCCACAACAAUUCCUUCCUCCCGCAAGACCAAGUAGUGCCAUGUCUCAAUCUCCAUACCAUCAACCGUCUCAAUACAUGCCGCCAGGCUCCGUUCCACCAGGUAUGGCACCCAUGCACCCGGGAUCUUCGUCAUCCUCCCUCAUGAGAGCCCCGACGAACGCGUCAUCGAUAUCCGAGGAAAGAGAAAUAGACUCAAGACCCCCCUUGAACAGACAGGGUACAACAGACUUAGUUUCACUUCGUACGCAUAAGACGAAGGCUAUCGACUUGAGCGCGCCGCCAUUUACCAAGGAAUACAUCGACCAGUACCGUCAGCGUAUCAAAGACGAUCCGGACCCGGAGGCACAUUUCUUAUACGCCAAGUACCUCAUCGAUGCUGCGAAGAAGAUUGGUUCUGAUGCGAAGGACCAACGUGCGGUGAAGAAGUUACGGGACUCACUAAUCAGUGAAUCUCUCAAGGUGAUCCGACGAUUAGCUACUCAAGGCGACGCUUACGAUGAGGCUCAGUUCUUCCUCGCAAAUUGUCAUGGAACGGGAAUGUUGGGUCUACAAGUUGAUCACGAGCGGGCGUACCAUUUAUAUCUCCAGGCGGCGAAACAGAAUCACCCUGCAGCCUCGUACCGUGUUGCUGUCUGCAACGAGAUCGGUGCUGGUACCAGGAGGGAACCUCAGCGAGCUGCUGCGUUUUAUCGCAAAGCGGCGUCACUUGGAGACACAGCUGCAAUGUAUAAGCUUGGCGUCAUUCUUCUACGGGGGUCUUUAGGAGAGCAGCCAAAUCCGCGUGAGGCUGUAGGGUGGCUCAAGCGGGCAGCCGAGCAGGCCGACGAAGAGAACCCCCAUGCUUUGCAUGAAUUGGCAAUGCUGUAUGAGAACCCUCAGUCUCAGGUCGUCCCAUUCGAUCCAGCUUACGCUAAGGACUUGUAUACUCGAGCUGGCCACCUUGGAUAUACCCACUCACAGUAUAAGCUUGGCCAAUGCUAUGAGUAUGGGGCUCUGACAUGUCCCGUCGAUCCCAGGCGGUCUAUUGCAUGGUACACGAAGGCAGCGGAGAAGGGUCAUUCGGAAGCUGAGCUGGCUCUCAGCGGUUGGUACCUGACUGGUAGUGAAGGGGUGUUGAAACAGAGUGAUUCUGAAGCCUACCUUUGGGCGAGACGAGCAGCGAACAAAGCUCUUAGUAAGGCUGAGUACGCCGUCGGUUACUAUGCUGAAGUCGGUAUUGGCGUGAAGCAAGAUAUUGAGUUCGCUAAGCGUUGGUACAUGCGAGCAGCUGGUAUGUCAUCGAAUGUCCACCUUUUGCCAUACAGAAAUUUACUAACAAUCGCCUCUUUCCCUCCAGCGCAAGGCAACAAGCGUGCUAUGAACCGUCUGACAGAAAUGAAGCGGUCUGGAAAUAAACGGACUAAUACCGCACGGCCAACCCGUCAAGAUGCGAAGGAUGAAUGCGUGAUUAUGUAGUUGGAAAUUCGCUGAUACAUACAUACCCUCUUAAACUUUUCGCUCGGUCGCUGCUGCGCUGUCUAAUCCUGUUUUCGUGUCUGCAUCGUACAUAGUUUCUCUUGGGAGUCUUUCAUUAUGUUAUUGGGCUGUUUAAACCAUUAGCGAUCAUACAGUGAUCGACUCGAUUGCUCCCCCCAAAUCUGAAGGUGCUACAUUUCUUGAACACUGCUC